AGCUUCAACACUUCGCGACAGACCACGCCGCCGACCUGGAGACCCGACCAAAAUCUCACAAAAACCAGCCAUGCCUCCCAGAUUACCAUUUCUCUCAGCCUUGAAGGCCCCGAGUGCCCUUUCCCCCCGGAUCGCACGGCCCUUCUCAUCAACUCCCGCCGUUGCCAAGCCAUCUGACCCGAUAUCAAACCUUUUGAACCUCGACGAGAAGCCCAAGGUUCACUCGACCGACCGCAUCCGUGGCCUCAUCAAAACAGGCAAGGCGCGCAUCGAUGGGGUGGCGGCCGCCCGCAAGCUCACCAUGCUCGAGUCCCUCCGCGAGAAGAAGGUCAGCGACGACUACGUCAAGCAGAUGCCGCGCCGCUGGAACGCCGGUGAAAUCUACGCGCCGCACGACCUGAGUCCUGUCGAGAUGGAGAAGUGGCGCAAGUCGAAGCGACCCAAUGUCGAUGUCGUCGACCUCCUGGGCCUGAACCCCCUGGACCACUACAGGAACUUCUCUAUUAUAUCCGAGUACAUGACCCCAUUUGGACAGAUUGAGCAUUCCAAGUUCACGGGACUGCGGCCCGUGAACCAGAGGAGGAUGGCGAAGGCCAUCAGGAGGGCGAUUGGCAUGGGUAUCCACCCCAGUGUGCACCAUCACCCCGAGCUGCUGAAGAAGAGAUUCCGUCUCAAUGCGUCGUGGAAAUAGAUCCGGAUAGGGCUGUGAGGGAGGCUUGCAUAACCUUUUGGAGCAUGUCUACGGGCAUGGGGAUGGUCUCCCGUGUAUGAAUUGUACAACAUCUUGGCGUCUAUUAUAAAUGUACAGAUACAAGAGGCUUCUCUAGCAUUUUCUUUUUGUACA